UGCUCAUCGUCUCGCACGAUGCCAGCGCAAUGCGGCAGCGGCGAGUUCUUUUCGCAACUUCGCACACCGCGUCGUCAAGCACUCUGACUCGCUUGUCGAUGCAUCACUGCGCUUGUAAUGGUAUUGGCCAGAAACCGUCGGGCAUCAAAUACCUCCAGCACAAUCGAUCCCCUACUCUUGCUCUAUUGGGCCAUCUUUCGUCGCUUAUGGGUCCAGCCCGUCUGUGCCAACUGAAGCUGGUAGAAGCUGAUGGGUCUCGUCAGGUUUCCAACCAGGUGCACAGGAAGAGCGUGCGCAAGGGUAUCCAAUUCACGGCUAUGGUCGUCGGUGGGUCUCGUCCUUUGUCCACGCAGCAGCUGCGUGUGGCUACAACAUCGACCGCGAAAGCUUCUAGUCAAGGUGUCGUCAUUCUAUGCCGCAGUACUCACGACCAAUGCUGCCGAUAGCCAUCUAGAGCAGGUCUAAUACGGUAUGUGUGGAGACCGAGCAGUGACGCAGGUGAAUGUUCGUAACGGGUCGGAAAGACAACCACGCUGGGCCCUCCUUGUCAUGUUGCGUGACAGCGCUAAGCUACCGCUUACUCGUUCGUCGAUAAUGCAGCGUGACCACGCUUUGCUACCCAUCCUCUGUUUCCAAGCAGUUGGGAAGACGUUCGGAACGCAACUGAGCUCAUAACUAUUUCAAAAUGAUUAGAAAAUCAAUUUUGCAGAGGGGACAAGCCUGGUUCACAUGGACAUAUUCUGCGGUGGUUUGCCGAUACAUAGCCAUUGAACAUUGUAUUAUCUUAUGCUGGC